UAUUUUUAACUAACUCUCUCGUGCAUUACCGGACUUGUAUGUAUGUCUAUGUGUGCUUGUAUAAAUGAAGUGAAUUAGUCUCAAAUUGUUUAAGCUCCUGGACACAGUUUCUCAGAACUCAAACUAUUUAAUCAUCAGUCUGCUACAAAUAAUUGGAGAAUACAACAAGGAAAAACUGAGGGAGUAAAUCAAAUUUCGUUGGGAACUUACGGUGAGCCUCAUUAAUCUUGCCGUCUUCCUCUGUCGAAAGUCUCGGCAAUUAGGCUGAAGAGGGAGAAUGGUUUGCCGCCAGAGGGCUUCCUCCGUUACUGGGAAGAAAUAGGACGCACUUUCCGCGGGACACUCAACUUCUGCAUCGCGUCUCAAAGGCAUUAUGUAUCCGGGACUCGCGCUUGAAUUCGCUUGGUCUUCUAUGAUUUAGUUCUGCUCACAGAUUGCGUUUUCAAGUGUAAUUUUAUAUCACAGAUUUCAACAUUAGAUGAGGAUUACUGAACAGACCAACCCAUCCAGAUAAGCAAAGUCUGUUAGUUAAAACGAAGCAGGAUGUAGAAGAUUUCUAACUAGACGGAUGAAGAGUCCAGCGACUUACUACUGAGUUAUGAGUCAGGAUGUCACGAAGAACAAGAAACAGCAGUUCCGGGAGCACAACUACGUCCACUUCCGGUCCUGUUGGAGAAAACAACUCGCUACCUAUUGUUCAACAAGCUCAACAUUACUUGGAAGAAAAUGUUAGAGCCUGGAUGAAACCGAAAUAUGAACAGGCACAAUCUUAUUUGUUGACAGCCUCAGACGCUCGAGCAGAUUCGUACUGUUCUACGGUGUCACUCCGAGAGAUUAAUGGCUCAACUGCCAGUGAUUCCAGAAUGUACGGAUAUACGCCCACUCAGUUGGAUGAUCAUCGUUCAGUGACCAUCAAUGACAUACAUUUGUCCAAAGGUUUGUUUUCGUCAAACAGCCAUAAUUAUCCCUCCAGUGGAGGUUUUCAGAGUAGUGCAGUAGGUCAUGGAGUGUUUGUCAAGCCACUGACUGAAGUCCCAGGAGGGCUAGACAUAACUAAAAACGUUUCUUUGUCACAGAGUUACUCCUUUCCACACUCCUUCUCCUACAGCGGUCUUUCGCAGUCUUCUUAUCUUCAAGAAACUUCUUAUAGUUCUCCUUGUGGUCCAGUUAUGGACGUUUCGCAGCCUUCGGCAGCAGCUUCGUUUUUUGCCAGGGCAACCCAGCGAUUAAAUUUAGCAGUUAAGAAAAAGAGAAGACAUUACGGCGACUAUGACUCAGACACGUCUGUGUUUCAGACAAAUUUCUCCGUCAUCAUUAGAACAACCCCUCCUCCCGCCCCUCCCGCAUUAUUACGAGUAGCAAGUCGAAGGGAUGGAUUCGGUGUUGGCAAGGUAUUUUGGUGUUUUGGUCAC